AUGUCCAUGUCUCAGUUCCCUCCGUCGUCUCCCUUGAGGGACGAACCGGAGUUUGUUCACGAUCCUUUCAAAAGCAAGCCAACCUCCCAUUUGCCGCCCGCCCCCAAAGACGACUCCCGGGGCAGAGCCUUCAACUACCCAACUCCCCAUCCCUCGUCGUCGGCCGGCCGCUCCUCGUCGCCUCACCACUCAUACCUCGAUGAUUACCAGCAUCAGUUGCUCGAACCCAAAAAAGUGGCAUUUGAAAUCAACCGGCCGGUGAUGGAAACCGGCCACAGCGGCGUGACCAUCACCAAGGUGCCCCUCACCCACCCGGUGGUGGUGGUAGGUCGCUCAUCCAAAGCCAGUGACAUUGCCAUCAAAACCACCGACCGAACCGUGUCGAGAAAACACUUGCGGAUUUCCCACACCGAAGACGAAAUCACCAUCGAGUGCUUAGGCUGCAACGGCUACGGGGUCACCAUUCCCAAGGCGUGCUACGUCCAUAAGAUUGGCCCCCGCAAGUACCAGUUGGCAGUAAUUGAUGCUCCACUCUGCGCACAGAACUUACACCAGUUCAAGUCGUCCAAAACCAUACGGUUGGGCCUCACGUCCACCGAGUUCGUGGUGCAAGCGGGCGAGACCAUCCGGCUCCCUCGUGUGGCUAACGUGCUCUUGGAGGUCAAGCGCAAUGUGGUGUUGGUUAACCCCAGUGUCGAUAGCGAGGACACCGACGAUGAGUUGCCGGUGGUAACUCCUCUCAAACAAGUCGAAGAGAUGGAGCGGCCGCAGACCCCCAAGAAGACGGCGUUCCUCGUGACGUCGGAAGAGUCCACGCCCAUCAAGAAGUUCAACAAAGCUUUGUCGUCAGUGCCUCUUCCUUUGCAGGACAAAACCAAUACUCACCAUAACCACAACAAGAAAUUCAAACGGGCCCGGUCAGAGGAACCCAGGUCGCUGGCGCACGACGACGAAGAGGAGCCACCGCUUGAGCUGAUCCAACACUGGCAGGAAGUCAGUAACAUUUUGGUGAACCAUUUGGCAUUUUCGCGGUUGUCUUCAACCCCGAUGCUGGUGUUGAGGGGUGUAAGCGAUAAGGUCAACGACUUAACCAAUGGACAGUUGAAGGUGGUGUUGAUGAGUAUUGACUCGGUGGGGGUGAUUCAAAGGGAAGGGAAGGAUGCGGCUGGAAAGCCGUUGGAUGAGGAGUACUACUAUAUUCCUGAAAAGGACCCAGACACCUCGAGAAAAGAGUUGGUUGGGUCGAUCCGGGGCCAUGGCGGUAUUAGGUCGUGUAGAACCACCCAUAAGCAGUAUUACUGGAAGAAGCCUGCUCCCAUCAAGAACAAGACCACCAAGAAUUUAGAAAAGUAA